CCCCGCCCUCCCGGGCUGCCGCGACGAGGAGCUGCAGCCGUCGCCUCGCACCGGCUGCCGGCAUUGUCCUCCCAGUCCGCCGCCAAGGCUGCCGCUGCCGCUGCCACCGCCACCGCCACCGCCACCGCGGGCUGCUGCGGGGCCCCAGACCCGCGCCGCAGAAACGCGCUGCCGCCGCCGACGGGCCGGGCGCCCAGUUUCCGUUUGCUGAUUUCUGCGCCCUGCACUCCCCAGCCACUCUGCUAGGUUUUUUCUGCGGAGCUGAGGAAGGGGAGAAGUCCAGCCGCCAAGCCUAGCCUCUCCCAGGCGCGCAGCCCCGACGGGGCCGCGGCAGGCGCGGCGAGAGCGCCGACGGAGCCAUGAGAGAGUACAAAGUGGUGGUGCUGGGCUCGGGCGGCGUGGGCAAGUCCGCGCUCACCGUGCAGUUCGUGACCGGCUCCUUCAUCGAGAAGUACGACCCCACCAUCGAGGACUUCUACCGAAAAGAGAUCGAGGUAGACUCGUCGCCGUCGGUGCUGGAGAUCCUGGACACGGCGGGCACGGAGCAGUUCGCGUCCAUGCGGGACCUAUACAUCAAGAACGGCCAGGGCUUCAUCCUCGUCUACAGCCUCGUCAACCAGCAGAGCUUCCAGGACAUCAAGCCAAUGCGGGACCAGAUCAUCCGCGUGAAGCGGUACGAGCGCGUGCCCAUGAUCCUGGUGGGUAACAAGGUGGACCUGGAGGGCGAGCGCGAGGUCUCCUAUGGCGAGGGCAAGGCCCUGGCUGAGGAGUGGAGCUGCCCCUUCAUGGAGACGUCGGCCAAAAACAAAGCCUCGGUGGACGAGCUGUUCGCCGAAAUCGUGCGGCAGAUGAACUAUGCGGCGCAGCCCAACGGCGACGAGGGCUGCUGCUCGGCCUGCGUGAUCCUCUGAGGCGCCCGCGGCGCGCCGGCUGCGCUUUGCGCACAAAAGCCAAACGCACCCGACUCUCUAAAUGUGAUUUCUCUUCUUGCUUUGAGAUUGGAGACGACUUUGCAUUGGCCGGGAUGCCCCAGGAACCCGGCUGGCCUCUGCGGCCGACGUCCCCUGCCUCCUCCCCGCGUCAGAAGGGGUGUCCGGUCCUGACCAUCUGAGACCCAGUGGAAAUGUGGCUCUUUGCAGCAUGUACGUUUUUCAUUGAUUUUGGUUGACGCAUAUUACCCCCUUUAAAUAACCGUUAAGGGCGCUGUAUUGGCAGCUUGACACCAGCAAGCGAAAGUUUCAGCUUGGAAAAAAUGGGGUGGGGGAGGAAGAGGACAGGGAGAAGGUGGAAGUGGGGGUUUUUUUGUUGCUAUUUUUUGUUUUGUUAACAACCGUUUUCCAGUUCCAAGUUUUAAAUACGUGGAAGGAAGUCCAGGAGAACCAAAUGAAGGAGCUGGAGGAGAGGAAGAAACUUUUGUUUUUUCCUUGUUUUCCAGGAGUAGCUGGAAAUUAAGGUCGGGUUCCUUUUCUGCCAGCUUGGAAGGGCAACCCCGUGACUGAUUGCGAUUCUGAGGAUGUCUAUGCAAAGUUGGAUUCUUGUUACAGUGUAUCCAAUCUGAAGUAUUGCACAUCUGAACUGGGACUGUUAACACUGUUGCCAAUACAGUGUGGGGUGCCAGAAAGUGUCUGCUGAUAUUUGUGGGAAAAAAAAAAAUCUAUUUUGUUUACCUACUGUAUCUAAGGGGAGUCUGGGAAGAACGGUAGUAUUUUUUUUUAUCAGCUGUGAAAAAAAAUGUUACAGAUCUGCACAUUUUUGUGUGUACUGUUGUGUGUGUGUGUGUGUGUGUGUGUGUGUGCGCGCGCGCGCGCGCGCGCGUGUUUAAGUUUAGUUUUUUUUGUUCUUAUUGGUUGGCAGUAACAGAUUUUGAUGACUAGCUCUUUAAAAUACAGUACAAAGACUUCACAAAUGUGAUUCAGGGCCCCCAGCACCCCUGUGUCUGCAGAGUGCCUUCAAAACUCAGCUGUUCCAGCCGGUGCCAACCUGUGAACCUCCCACCCUAUCCCAGAAUCUGUUAUUCCCCAAACCACUUCCAGUUUCCUUUCAGUAGUCUUUUCGAAGGAGCCAGGACAAUAGGGCCUGUUGUUCGGUGAAUUUCUUCUUUAUUAUUUCCAGUCUUUAAAAUGUAAUUUCCCUGUCUUGCAAUUUUUUUACCUUUUUUUUUUUUUGCUUCAUUUUGUUCAAAUGUUCAGGUAUUUAGCUCCCCUUUUAUAUUAUUUUUCAAUUUUUUUGGUUAUCAGUUAAUAGGGUGUUCCUCCAGAAGCAAAGAGCAUAAUUUUCCUGUUGUGAUGUACCAAGAGAAUUCUAACUGAUUGUAAUUUUUAAUUCCAGA